AUGGCCGAGGCAGUAGGAUCGACGUCGGCGGCGGGGAGUGCGCGCAAGCGGGUGCGCAAGCGCACGCGCAAGUCCAAAUCCAACACUACUGCACACGAUGACUCGGACGCCGAAUCGCUCGACACACCGCACCACACCUCCGCACCCGUCACGACUACUCCUUCCGAGCCUGCACGGGUUGCUGCGGCAAGUGUACCUGCCCCUGCGCCUGUAGCUGUAGCUGCACCCAAGAAAAUGGCAAAGGUGGCGGAGGUGAACCCGCACAAGCCGUCGUUCAUUACGCGGCCGACUGCGCCGGGUGGACGGCGGUAUACAGUGUCGGUCGCCAUCCCGGGCUCGAUUGUGGUCAACGCGCAGUCGCCCGAGCUGCAAAGCCGGUUGGCGGCGCACAUUGCGCGCGCGUGUGCGAUAUUCAACGUGGACGAGAUUGUCGUAUUCGACGAGGGGGAUGUGCGCUCCAUUGACCCCGACGCGCAUGCGCAGCAGCGUCCUGCGCCGCGCGGCAACAAACGACGCUGGAGCGAGCCACAGUCCGCCCCACACGAGGGCGAGGGCGAGGGUGAGGAACAGCAAGAAGAGUCCGAAAACAAGGGCUUCGAUCCACAGACGUUCCUGGCGCGCGUGUUGCAGUACCUCGAGACGCCGCAGUACCUGCGCAAGGCGCUCUUCCCCAUGCAUCGCGAUUUGAGGCUGGCGGGUUUGAUGCCGCCACUCGACUGUCCGCACCACCUGCGCUUCGAGGACGAGUGCGAGUACCGCGAAGGCGUCACCGUCGACCCUCCCCACUGGGCCCGCGGAAGGGGUCAAGGUGUAUACGUCAACAUUGGACUUCGUGAUCCGAUCCAAGCCACUCUCCCCGGUGGUGUGCCUGCACGCGUGGAGACCGGCACCCGGGUCACGGUAAAGAUGCCCUACACCGUUCACGAGGCGGGCGAAAUCGUCUCUCCGCGCGAACCGGUGGAAAAGCUCGGUUGGUACUGGGGCUACACGGUCCGCCUCGCACCGUCGCUCUCGGCCGUGCUAACCGACUGUCCCUUUGGCAGCGAGUACGAUCUCGUCAUUGGUACUUCCGAGCGCGGGGUUUCGCUGACUGACCUCGCGCUCGCUACGAGCCAAGCUACACCGGUUGCCACGCCCGAGGGCCAGACCGUCCAGCCGCUGGCCAAACCCCAACAUGCGCUGAUCGUGUUCGGCGGUCUGAGCGGGCUGGAACUCGCGGUCGAGGCGGAUCAGGGCAUUCAGCUGGACAGGAACAAUGCGGCCGAGCUCUUCGAUGCCUGGGUCAAUGUCGUGGAUAAUCAGGGGUCUAGGACGGUCAGGUCGGAAGAGGCGAUCAUGAUCGCACUCGCGCGCGUCAAGCCGAUUCUAGACCACCUCGCCGCUGCAAAGUAG